UUUUUGGAAAGGGAGACUCACAGCGCCAUUCAGUCCUGCACUGUCAGGCUCCAUCCACCAGGGGGCAGGUGAGUCUAACGGCAGCAGCACCGAGGCUCAUGGCCGCUCUCCCUCCCGCCCAGAUGAGCUCGUGCAGCAGUCGGGCCCUCACCCUGCUGUCCUCGGUUUUCGGGGCCUGCGGCCUGCUCCUGGUGGGCGUGGCCGUCUCCACCGAUUACUGGCUGCUGAUGGAGGAGGGCAUCGUGCUGCAGCAGAACCAGAGCCUGGAGGUGAAGAUGGCUCUGCACUCGGGCCUGUGGAGGGUCUGCUUCGUGGCGGGAACAGAGAAAGGGAGAUGUGUGGCAUCAGAAUAUUUUACUGAACCAGAAAUCGAGAUUACGACAGAAAAUACAGCAAACAUUCUAAAGAUGGUGAGGACGGCGACGCCCUUCCCCAUGGUGUCCCUGCUCUUCGUCUUCACCGCCUUCGUCAUCAGCAACAUCGGCCACAUCCGGCCUCAGCGGACCAUCCUGGCUUUCGUCUCGGGCAUCUUCUUCAUCCUGUCAGGGCUGAGCCUGGUGGUGGGGCUGGUGCUCUACAUCUCCAGCAUCAACGACGAGGUGAUGAACAGGCCGCGGGAGCCCGAGCAGUUCUUCCACUACCACUACGGCUGGUCCUUCGCCUUCGCCGCCAGCUCCUUCCUGCUGAAGGAGGGAGCAGGGGUGAUGUCGGUUUACCUCUUCAUGAAACGCUACGCUGAAGAGGAGAUGUACCGGCCACACCCAGCUCUUUAUCGCCCCCGGCUGUCCGAGUGCAGCGACUACAGCGGGCAGUUCCUGCACCCCGAGUCCUGGCCGCCCCCCCAGAGGGGCCGCAGCGCCUCUGAGGUCUCCAGCGACAUCUCCAUCCAGCUGAACCAGACGCCCCCGCCCCCGCCCAAAAGCAACCCCCAACAGAGCCUCCCUCCCGGGGUAAUAGGGGCCUCCUCCGGGAGCUCGUCUGGCGUCAGUUACCAGCUGCCCCCUCCCUCCUCUUACCCUCACUCCCACACCCUUCACUCCACCCACACCCUCUCCCACGCUGGGGCCUCCAUGCCCCUCAGCAACCCCCAGUCUCUGCCCCUCUCCAUGCCCCCGUCCGCCGUGCCCCCGCCCCGCUACCACACGCACCUCCGGAUGAGCGCCUCCCCCUGCUAGGAGGAAGGGAGGGAAGGAGAAGGGGAGGUGUACCAUGGAUGAAGUGCAAUACAUUUUUUUCCACAGACACACGCAUUUACACACAGUCAGAGGGGAGAAUCAGCCAGGGAGAACGACUCAUAGCUGAUAAAGAGUAAAAGAUGACAACAAGCAACAUCAAUAAAUAUACAUCACAUUCAGUAUUUGGAGGGUAAUACAAGGCGCUACAGCAGCAAUGGAAGGACAGUGGAACAGAACAGCGAGGGACUGAGGGAAAUCAGAAAGGAAAGGUGGGGGAGGGGGAGAGAGGUGGGAGCAAAGUUACAGAAAUAUAAAAGGCAGUGGUGGUAGGGGCAGUUUUACAUGACACACAUAAUACAAAACACACACCAUUUUACACAAAAAAAUGAAUAUGCAUAUAGGUGUAUGCAUAUAUGGUAUGCAAACUGACUAUAGUUAUUACCUUUAUUGUUAAUAUUAUGAAUUUUAUCAAUUCUUCCCUGAACUCUUACUUCGACUUUCACUCCUCUGAUGAGAAUGAUUAUUAUUAUUAUUAUUAUUAUUAUUAUUAUUAUUAUUUUUAUUUUUAUUUUUAUUUUUAUUAUUGAUUGUGGUCUCUUGAAUAGCAAAUACUGUCAGUGGGAAACGUGAUAGGUAUCCUACAAGUUAGUUUCAAGACAAUGUUUUUUGGUGCCAAAUUGCCCAGAAAUUUAGAGUAAAUGUGGAUAUAUACACAAGACAUGGGGAUCCAGCACUGUGUUACAUGUUUACAUUGGUGUAUACAUAUUUUUUAGUGUAUAAAUUUUGCUAGCAUAAACCAUGUUAAUGAAUAUAAUGUUCCCAUGUUUCCCUCAUAUGUAAUAAUAAUAAUAAUAAUAAUAAUAAUAAUAAUAAUAAUAAUAAUAAUAAUGGUUAUACCAGCAUCCUUCAGAAAGAAGAGCGAAUUAAAAAUGGAAUGAAAGAUGAAAGUAAGAAAAAGGAGGCAGAAAGAUUUUUUUAAAAGAUGAAUGCAUACAGUGUACACUAAUUCUAGCUCUAGUUUAAAGAAAAGAUAUUUUGAGAAAACGUAAAGAGAAUACAAUUACAUUUAAUAUUAAUAAAAUAAAGAAUUUCUAACUUAACUGAAUCUGCUUAUAGUUAAAAAAUGUUGUACAUAAUAAUAAGUUAAUGUAAAUAGAUACUGAAGAACUAACGGCACAGACAGACGGAUAUACUGACUGACUGGUACAUCAACUUGAAUUAAAAGGUCAUAUUACUGUGCAGUGUCUCUGAAAUACAUGUGUGGAAAAUGUUUUGUUCCGUGGCAAUAAUGAAAUAUCUCCCAUGUAAGUACAAGAAAAAUCAUGUUAAUAUGCUCUAGUAUACACAGAUACAUAGAACAGUAGUUAUAGUGUAGUCCUGUCCCGUAAAGUGGGUGUUAUACUCUUUACAGCACAAUAUACACACACACACACACACACACACACACCAGUGCAACUGUCAAUGUACAUUACAUCCUCACACAGUGCAGUACAGACAAUCACAGUACUAGACUGCAUAGACAUUGGUACAGUUAAGCAGCAUGUACAAUUUUCUAACAUGUUUAUCAGGAUUGCUUAUCACUUCACCCUUAUUGCACAACAUUCUUACCAUCAAACAGAGUGAUGUGGUUUGACCUAUGCUGUGUUUCAGUGUUUGUACAUGUAUGACCUUUGAACCAUAACUUCUUUACUGACAUAGAUCAAAGAUAAGUAGCUGGACCUGGAGUUCAUAUUUUAAUGAGGUCCAAUUGCAGUGGCAGUGUUCAUGUUCACCACAGCAGGAACAUUAUUCCCAGAUUCAUAUAUGUGAUGCCUCGAUGACUCUAGAAACAUUGAGGUCGUAUGUAAAUGCGUCCCACUAGUGCCCUCUGGUGGAGUGAGUCCCACACUGCUCAUGUUCCUCCAGUGGCUUUGUUGGGUCUCGGUAGUGUUGCACCAUUGCAGUAAUCACAUGCCAGUGCGGAGACUGGAACAGAACGACUCAGAUAUGCAAAAGAGGAGGUCUAGCUUUACUUUCUGAGUCAGGGACUGAAAUUGCACAAGCUAAAAUAGUGUCUUCAAAGGCCCGAGUGGAAACCUGAAUACUGAGCUCCAGCUAUUUGAGAGAUUCAAUUCAAUCUUGUGUACACACAUAGAAGUUAUACUUACACUACCAGCUAAAAGACUUAAUUUCAAUGAAAGUACUGAACUUUUAAAUAAUGAUAAUUAUGUCCAAAACCCAAUGCUGCAACUAUGUUCUUUGUUUAAUUGUAUUAGGAUAUCAAUCUUUGUAUAUACAUAAAUAUUAUAGGUUUAUUAUUUAAUUUUGUAAUCCACCACAAGACUGUAAUAAUAUAGUAGUAUUAGAAUGUAUUAUCAGGGCCACAGACUGAUUCCUGCUGGAAAGGAUAUGCAGUGUAACCAAGUGUUGUGAUUGUUAAUACAAAAUGGCUGUGCGUGUGCGUGUGUGUGCAUGAAGAACCCAUUUUUGUUACCAAUCCAUUUCAAUUGGCACAGUAAAUGGUAAUCCAAUUUGGAAUCCAAUAAUCAGUGUUUAUAUGAUUUACAGACCUGACUUUGACUGGUGUGUGGACUGGACACAGAUGGUUGAGUUUGGGGUAAAUUGAAUUCCAUCACAUGCUCCUCUCCUUUUUUCUUCAUUUCCCAACCGUUCUUCAGUGUGUUUAUUAGUCCCAAUUUAUUCUUUCUUUCCUUACAUUAUCCAGGUUUUUAAUCCUUUUCUAUUGCAUUUAUGUUUGUCAUUACCUUGCCCUCAUCUCUCUCCUCCAUCUUUUGUUCUCCUCAGUUCUUUAUGUCACCUUUCUGUGUCUCAAUGUGCAUCGCAACAGAACUGUGCCUAUUUUAUUAAGCCAUUAUUUUGCUUAUUUUCAUUUGCGCUCAUGUUUUUGCUCGCUAGUGCACUGAUAAACACGAUGGAUUGGUAGAACCUACAGAUAUUUUAUUAUGAUUAAUGUGAUUAUGGUCACUACUGGUACGGGAACUAUACUUGAGGACUGUGAUGACAGCUCUCUUCAGAUAUUCAAUAAAGACUGGGAGAGAACCCUGUUCUGUCUA